GACCCCGCCAGCCCCAUCAAGUCUCAUGUGGAGGGGUCCAUCAUCCCACCCGCCAUGGGGAACCCUGCACCUCUCCAUGCCUAAUGAACCUUGACUCCAACUAUGAGGGGAUUCACAGCGCGCAAGAAGUGGCUGUUCCAACCCCGUUGAUGGGAAAUGUAAUAAGUCACGUCGCCGGGAUUUCUGGAACUUCUCUUCAGACUCAAUCCCGACGUCCUACAAACAAUUGGCAACAUGGACAACAUCCACGCCUUGCCAUCGCUGGCCAGUAUUCCAACAUGGCGCCUCGCCGCCGUGCUGGUCUUACUGUCCCCCGUCCUCUUCGCUUUGGGUUUCUACCUCUAUGUCACGCCCAACUCAUUCAAAGACAGUCGGCGUAAACACCUCCCACCCGGCCCCCGCGGCCUGCCCUUCAUAGGCAACUUUUUCCCACUGUCCAACGCCGAGACAUUCCGCUUCCAAGCGCAAAAAUGGGCCAAACAAUACGGCGACGUCUUUUACACCAAGAUGGGCGGCGCAGACUACAUCUACCUGUCGUCUCCAACCGCCGUCAAGGAACUCAUGGACAAGAAAUCCGGCAUCUACUCAUCGCGCCCUCCCGCGCCACUAGCCAGCGACGUCGCCUCCGCGGGCCGUCGACAACUCUUCAUGCCAUACGGUCCGAAAUACCGUGUCGUCCGCAAGAUCGCGCACAGCCUGCUCAACAUCUCCAUCUCGACAAGUUACCAGCCCGUCCAGGACGUGGAGAGCAAGCAAUUGAUGUACGACCUGCUGCACGACCCGAUCCACUUCUACGACCAUAACAGACGCUACUCGAACAGUGUGAUCAUGACCGUCGCGUACGGCCACCGCAUGGCGGACUGGGAUAACCCGCUCACGAAGAAAAUCUACAGUGUCGUGAACAAUCUGCAGGUGUUCUCGGCGCCGGGUGCGUUUCUGGUCGACACGUUCCCCACGCUCCAGCACUUUCCGCAGUGGAUGUUUGGCAAUUGGCGCAAAUUCGGCGAGAAGUGCUUCAACCAUGACUCCAGGGUGUACUUGGGUCUCUGGGGCGAUUUGAAGAAGGAGGUUGACCAAGGGAAAGCAAACCCUUGUUUCGCCAAGGACUUCUAUCUGAGUGACCCCGCGAAGGUCGGACUCGAUGAACUCCAGGCCGCGUACCAGACUGGCGGACUUGUCGAGGCCGGGUCCGAGACGACCAGCGCGUACUUGAAUUCAUUCAUUCUCAAUAUGACGGCAAAUCCGCAUGUCAUGAGGAAAGCUCAAGAGGAGGUCGAUCGGGUGGUCGGACCCAAUAGGCUGCCAAGUUGGGAGGACGAGCCGAAUUUGCCGUACCUUCGGGCUAUCAUCAAGGAGUUGCUCCGGAUGAGACCACCAAAUAAGUUCGGCAUGCAGCAUUAUACGACCGAGGACGACUGGUAUGAGGGAUAUUUCAUUCCCAAGGACACGGUCGUUGUGCUGAACUGGUGGCACAUAAACUACGACCCAGCACACUGGGACCAGCCCGAGAAAUUCAUGCCCGAACGUUUUCUGGGCUACGACCUCCCAGCAGCAGCGUACAUCAACAUCGCCGACCCGAAUGAGCGGGACCACUACUCCUACGGUGCUGGAAGACGCAUUUGUCCAGGUGUACACGUCGCCGAGAAGUCUUUGUACUUGAACAUUGCGCGGGUGCUGUGGGCGUUUGACAUCGCGAAGAAAGUUGGGUCGGACGGCAAAAUCGUCGAGCCUGAUGCUUCGAUGGUUCCUGGUUGGAUGACUAUUCCGGUGCCGUUUGAGUGUGAUAUUCGUGUUAGGGAUGAGAAGAAGAAAGCGUUGAUCGAUCAGAUUUGGAAAGAAGCGAAGAAGGAACUGAAGGAGUGAGAUUGCAUAUAGAACUUUCGGGAGUCAAGG